AAAAAUGUAAAUUGAGAUAUCAGUUGGAAAUAAACUGUAACGAAAUCAUAAAAUAUGGAUCAUAUGACAUGGAUUUACAUAAUUUCUACCGUUUCUGUAAUUUUUCUGAUCUCAAAACUCUUUUCAAAAAACAAGCGCUACAAACUUCCACCAUGCCCAGCUUCACUUCCUAUAAUCGGCCAUCUACAUCUCGUUAAAGAACCUCUACACAAAUCGUUACAAAGCCUAUCAAAUAAGUUCGGUUCGAUCAUGUACCUAUCAUUCGGUUCACGCAAGGUGCUGGUCGUAACAGCUCCUUCCUUGGUUCAAGAAUGCUUCCAAAAAAACGACGUCGUUUUGGCCAACAGACCCGCCCUUAUGGUCGGUAAAUACCUCAACUAUAACCAUACAACAAUAGUUACAGCCCCGUACGGUCCACAUUGGCGCAAUCUUCGUCGAAUUGCUGCGCUUGAAAUUUUCUCGACACAUAGACUCAACAUGUCUCAAAGUGUCAGGAUGGAAGAGGUAAAAAUCUUGCUGAAAGGUCUCUAUAAGAGUUCGGUCACAGGCUUUGCGAAAGUGAACAUGAAAUCUAGGCUAUCGGAAUUGUCUUUCAACAAUAUUGUGACAAUGAUCACGGGGAAGCGAUAUUAUGGAGAAGGCGUGGAAGAUUCGGAAGAGGCUAAGAGUUUUCGUGAAAUUAUAAGGGAGACAUUUGAAAUGAGUGGAGCAUCAAAUCCUGGGGAUUUUUUGCCAUUUUUACAAUGGAUUGAUUACCAAGGUGUAGAGAAAAAGAUGAAAAAAAUGCAAAAACAGUCCGAUGAGCUAUGCCAAAAUAUGCUAGAUGAGUAUCGAAAGAACAAAAAAUCUUCUGCGGGUGUAAAAUCCGAUGUUAAGACAAUGUUCGAUACUAUGCUUUCUUUACAAGAAUCGGAACCCGAGACCUAUACUGAUGAAGUUAUCAAAGGCCUCAUAAUGACAAUGAUAUUUGGAGGUACGGAUACCACUUCAGGGUCAGUGGAAUGGGCAAUGUCGCUUCUAGUGAAUAAUCCUGAAGCUUUAAACAAGACCAGAGCAGAAUUGGACAAUGUCGUCGGCCACGAUAGAUUGGUGGAAGAGUCUGAUUAUGCCAAGCUACCGUAUUUGCAAAACGUCAUAAGUGAGACAUUUCGAUUAUGUCCAGUUGCGCCGCUUCUAGUGCCGCAUGAAUCCUUGGAAGAUUUCGUGAUUGGGGGCUAUGAUGUACCACGAGGGACCAUGUUGAUGGUCAAUGCAUGGGCUAUUCAUAGGGAUCCAACAGUGUGGGACGAUCCAUUGAGUUACAAGCCGGAGAGAUUCGAGAAUUUAACUCCCGACGCUUAUAAAUUGAUUCCGUUCGGGUUGGGGAGAAGGUCUUGCCCUGGAGCUGCUCUGGCAAACAGAGUGGUGAGCUUGGCAAUAGGUGCACUAGUUCAAUGCUUCGAGUGGAAAAGACCAAGCGAAGAGCUGGUUGAUAUGACCGAAGGAGCAGGGAUUUCUAUGCCUAAAGCUUUACCUUUGGAAGCUUUGUGCAAACCACGUGAUGCUAUGAUUAAUUUCCUUAAAGAAAUAUAAUUAGAGGUUGAUUAAUAUCUUCAUUUAAAAAAAUAAGAGAGAUUAUAGGAUAUAAUGUAAAAAAAAAAUUAAAAUGUUUAAGUCUGUUUGAGACAAUGUAAAUAAAGUGACAAUUUUUGUUA